AUGGUUCCAUUCAUCAACCAAGACCCCAAGGAGAUCUUAGAGUUGAUUCAAAGCCAGUAUCCCCUACAAACAACAGAUCAUUACACUGCUAUUCCAUUGGACGGUACCAAGAAAAAUGGAUACUCGCCAAUUUAUAGAAACUCCAGAGCGGUAAAAGGUUUGGUUUCGGUUCCUCACCCUGCUGUUAGAACUGUCAAGGACAUCUUCGACCUCACUACAAAGGUGUAUCCAAAAAGUCCUUGUUUGGGAGUAAAACGGAAGGAUGCGAAAGGUGACUAUUUACCCUACAAAUAUGACACAUAUGAGGAAAUUUCUCAAAAAGCUGUCAAUUUUGGAUCUGGACUCUUUUUCGUUCUCGAAAAUAGUCCUUUCUUAACCAACAGUAGUUGCCAUGCCAAGAUCUCAAAGCACAAACGCGUCGUUGAGAAAAAUGAAAUGUCUUUUAUAUUGACAUUGUAUUCUCAUAACACUCAAGAAUGGUGCAUUACAGAUUUAGCGUGUGCGUUCAACUCCGUUACUACCACUUCUUUGUACGACACGUUGGGUCCAGAGUCAUCAGAGUAUAUUUUGGCAUUGACUGAGUCGCCAGUGAUUGUGUGCACUAAAGAGAAAGUAAGUGGCCUCAUUCAAUCGAAGAAAGAGAAUAAAUCUUUGUCAAACCUCAUUCUUAUUGUAACAAUGGAACCUCUCACACAUGUUGACUCCGAGCUUGUUUCUCUCGCUGCGAAAGAAAACAUUACUCUUCACAGCUUUGAGAAAGUCUCAGAACUUGGUGCAUUGAGUCCAAAUGACCCUGUUUCCCCGAGUCCUGAAACCGUUUACACCAUUUCAUUUACCUCUGGAACAACCCUGAAGCCCAAGGGUGUAGUGCUUACCCACGGAAAUGCUGUAUGUUCAUCUGCUGCUCUUAUGAGUAUUCACAAUGGUGUCAGACAUGGGAGGAGCUACUGUUUCUUGCCCCUUGCACAUAUUUAUUCGAGAAUGAUGCUAGCAUUUUCUUACCUAAUGACCUUCUCCGUGGCCAUGCCAAGGUCUGCCUCGCCUCUUACUCUCAUGGACGACGUGAAAGAAAUUCAGCCAAAUGACUUGGCGCUAGUCCCUCGUGUCUACACAAGACUCGAGAGUGCUAUCAGAGUUGCGACUGUUGAGAACAAACAAAAGCCAUUUAUGGCAAAAUUGUUCAAACAUGCAAUUGACAAGAAAAUUCAACUCAUGCUGGAGCGAGAUGGCGCAACAGGCGCAAACUUGUUUUCCGAUAUGUUUGCUGGUCUUCUCCGUAAAAAAAUGGGCUUCAAUAACUUAUUGGUUUUCGGAAGUGGAUCAGCUCCUUUGGCACCUGAUACCAUCAAGUUUUUAAAGGCAGCAUUAAACGUUGGUAUCAAUCAAGGUUAUGGUUUGACAGAGUCUUUUGGCGGGAUUUGUGGUUCCAGAGCUCUUGAAGCUAAGCCGGGUUCCUGUGGUCCAAUUGCUGUCACCUGCGAGGCCAAAUUGAAGGAGCUCCCUCUGAUGAACUAUUUCGUCGAUGAUGCUCAGGGACCAGCGGGCGAACUUAUGCUUAGAGGGCCGCAAAUUUUUCGGGAGUACUUCAAAAACCCAACGGAAACGGCAAAGGCCGUAGACGAAGAUGGGUGGUUUAGCACGGGCGAUGUCGCUCGGAUCAAUUCAGAGGGUCUCAUUUUCAUCAUUGAUCGUAUUAAGAACUUUUUCAAAUUAUCGCAAGGAGAGUAUAUUACUCCAGAAAAGAUUGAGAACGUUUACUUGUCCAGAUUUCCACUUUUAACCCAAUGCUUUGUUCAUGGAGACUCAUACCAUUCUCACUUGGUUGGUGUGGUGGGAAUCGAAUAUGAACGAGUUUUGCCUUGGUUACAAUCAAGAUUCAGGAAGUCGCCUCCGAACACUAGAAAAUUCAUCGAAAUUAUGAAUCAGAGAGAAGUUAAGAAGUUGUUUUUGGAAGAAAUGAAUAUUGCAACUAAAAGUGUGUUGCAAGGGUUUGAACGUCUCCAUAAUAUCAAAAUUGCUAUUGAGCCCUUGAAAGCUGAUAACGGGGUUCUUACUCCAACGAUGAAAUUGAAGCGUGAGAUUGCGACUAGAGUCUUUGCUAAAGAUAUGCAAGUUCUCUACCAAGAAGGGUCUUUGAUCCGAAACGUCAGCACAAAACUUUGA